AUGGCUCUUGAUGAUGUUAUUACCUUUUUAUUAACUGCUGAGACUCGUAUGGCUGAAUACACCCCUUCCAUGACGUCUGAUUCUACCACUCAAGUGUUUUAUGCUAAUCGUGGCCAUGGCUUUUCCAAUUGUGGGUCCUCAUUUUCCCGUGGUGGUCGUGGUGGUGGCUUUUCUGGCUCCCGUGGUGGUUUUUCUGGCCCCAGUUCUUCUCCUAGUCGAGGCAUCCUUCCUCUCCCCUCUCAGGCUCCCCUUUCCAUGCCCGUUGCUCCUAGCCGUGGUGGUUUCUCCUCUCCGUCUUAUGGUUCAUCUCCUGGUUUUAACGGUCGUUGUUAUAACUGUGGUGAAUAUGGUCAUAUGGCUCGUCGCUGCCCUUGCCCUCCUGUUGCUCCUCAAGCCAUGGUUGCCUCUCAUACUCCUACUCCGUCAUCUACCUGGUUUACUGAUAGUGGUGCCUCUGCUCACAUAACAAAUGACCUUGCUCAUCUCCAGCUCUCUCAGACUUACGGUGGUUCGGAUCAAGUUUCUGUGGGUAACGGCCAAGGUUUGCAUAUAACUAAUAUUGGUUCUUGUUCCAUCUCUCAAUUCCAUUUAAAUAAAGUUCUUCAUUGUCCUUCCGCAUCUCAUAAUUUACUUCGUGUUCAUCAAUUUGCUCUUGAUAAUUCUGUCUAUUUUAUUUUCACCCCCUCUGAUUUCUAUGUGAAGGAUCUCGUCUCGGGGAAGACGCUUUUCCACAGCAAGAGUGAAAAUGGUCUCUACCCGUUCCGGUCUCCUUCGUCCUCCUCCUCAUUUCCUACCAUCGCUGUGGCCCUCCUUGGUAUCCGUACUUCUUCUCCCGUAUGGCAUCAACGCUUAGGUCAUCCAUCUCCUGCUGUCUUUCAAAAGCUUUUAGCUCUCCUUCCCCUUUGUGGUUCUCCUCGGAGUUCUUUUUGUUCUCAUUGUCCUCUAGGCAAAAGUAGUCGUUUACCAUUUCAGUUAUCUUCUUCUGUUUCUACUGUUCCGAUAUUGGUGGAAAAUUUGUUGUCUGUUGACCGUGUGUGCACAAUCAAAUCUCUUCAAACAGAUAGGGGGGCUUAA